CCUCCUCCUCGGGGUUAGGGAUCCGGCUCUCAGCCAAUCGGACCCUGAAGUUGACCCUGGCGGCGGUUCCCACCAAUGGGUGGAGGCGAGCGUUGAUGACGCAAUCGGAGGACCGCGCGUGCGCAUUUUCUGGACUGUUUUUCUCUCUCUCUCCGCGUCCAAUUUCCUGUGGGAACGGGAAGGACAACUGUCUGUGAGGGAUUGUCGAGAAGAUUGGUGUAAAACCAGGGACUGAGGCCGCGCUGGCGGAGGAGUGAAGACGGGGCUUACUCAUCGCGCUUUUUUUCCUCCUCUUUCCUCCGUUUGUUAAAGGGAAGGAGAAUGAACUGGCUCUUCCCGCUUUCCAAAGGGAGUGGCGGUGGUGGGGCCGCUGCCUCCUCAUCCUCGUCCUCAGCUGUUGGUGGAGCCGCGCUGCCUUCGACCCUCACCAGCCUCCAACAGCAGAAGCAGCGGCAGAUCGAGUCCCUGCGUAGCGCCCACGCCGCUAUAGCUGAAAUACAAAAAGAUGUGGAAUAUCGAUUACCAUUCACUGUAAACAACCUGACAAUUAAUAUUAACAUCUUGCUUCCUCCUCAGUUUCCUCAGGAAAAACCAGUCAUCAGUGUUUUUCCUCCAAUACGGCAUCAUUUAAUGGACAAACAAGGAGUGUAUGUGACAUGCCCAUUAAUAAACAAUUUCACAAUGCAUUCAGACCUUGGAAAAAUUGUGCAAAGUAUACUUGAUGAAUUUUGGAAGAAUCCUCCAGUUUUGGCUCCCAGUUCAACAUCAUUUCCAUACCUUUACAACAAACCAGCUGGAAUUCAUUCCUAUGCUCAGAACUUUCCAUUUCUUCCUCCAUAUCAACCACAAGAAACAAAUAGGUCUAUAACGUCUGUGCCGCUAGCAGAAACACUUUCUUCUGGCUACGCUACAGACAAACCUGCUGCUCCUUUCUUUGGUAUGAUAACAGAUCUCCCAUUGCCUGUUCCAACAGCAGAAACCUUAUCACAGGGGAGCCAGAAUGGAUUCAGUUACAAAAUGCCUGACGUUCCUGAUGCAUUUCCAGAACUAUUGGAACUUAGCAAAUCACAGCUGACAGAUAUGAAUGAGCAAGAAGACAUACUGCUGGAACAAUUUGUUAAUCUGCCCCAACUGAAGCAAGUCAUUAAUGAUAAGGAUGAUUUAGUCAAUAGUAUUGAAGAGCUAGCAAAAAAAAACCUAUUAUUGGAACCAAGCUUGGAGACAAAAAGGCAUGCAGUAUUAGAUAAAUACGAACAGCUUAAUCAAUUGAAAGCCUCAUUUGAAAAGAAGAUGCAAAGGCAGCAUGAACUUAGUGAGAGUUGUAGUGCAAGUGCUCUCCAGGCAAGACUGAAGGUAGCAGCUCAUGAAGCUGAAGAAGAGUCUGACACUAUCGCAGAAGACUUUCUGGAAGGGAAAACUGAAAUAGAUGACUUUCUUAGUAGCUUCAUGGAGAAAAGAACAAUUUGCCACUGUAGAAGAGCGAAAGAGGAAAAGCUUCAACAGGCAAUAGCAAUGCGCAUUCAGUUUCAUACUCCAUUAUAGAUUUUCCAGCUAAAUAGAAUUUGAGGCGAGUGAAUGAAUCCAGCAAAGCACAUUUUCAUAUAGCUAUUAUUUUGAAAAUAAGCAUUUCAUCAUGGUUGUUGUAUUUAUAGAAGACUGUAUACAGAAUUGGGAUGAUUUUUUUUUGUACAAACUAGAAUGUCUUUCUAGUCUCAUUUUAUCCAAGAAAUCCAUCUAUUGCAAUGUUUGCACUACUAUUUCUUGUCAUUAGUAUUGAUAAUCCUUACCAUAUUUAAGUUCCUACUUCUCUCCCCAUCAACUUUAUAAAUUAAAUAUUUAAAUGUAAUUUUGACUAGAUUUUUAAAUUUUAUACAACAUAAUUCAUAACUUUUGUAUUCAACAUUUGCUGGUUUCCAGGGUGGGUAGAAAUGUUGAUUACUUAAAAGAAGUUGCAAAGUGUUAUGAGGCAAGAUGCAUCCAUUAAGCCUCUUUAAAAGAAUGUAUCGGAAUUCCUCUCCUUAAAAUCAAGUUUUCAACAGUUUUUAUUUUAGGUUGACAAAAUGAUACAUUGCAUUCAUAUUGAAAUUAAAUGGAGGUGGCAGGUAAAUUUGAAAGGUUGGAAGAUUUAAGCAUUGCCUUGAAGUAGUCAGUUGCCUACAUCUGGGAUCAGUUCUUCCUUCUGGAAGAAGAGUCUAACCUUAACACGCUUUUAUGGUUUCUCCUCUUCAUUACUGCCCAUUCACUACUGUGGGGAAUACACAUCCCAUACCGCAGAAGAAUGCAUAAGUAUGUCUGAAACGUAGGAAGGAGUUGUUUUCUAUGACGCUAAAUUCUUGCACUUUCCAUUCCCAACUUUGAGCUCCACAUAAGAAGAGUAAGAAGCAAAAAGAUGUAGGGAGGUACAAGGCAGAUCUUUCAGUGAUCUCACUGUUUCUAUAUUUGCUGAUGUUUCUGCCCUUGGGUGUGUGCAUAAAUACCUUUGAAAUCAAUUAGGGGAUUCUACCGUGAAUAUAUAAUAUGAACAUACCAGGAAUAGAGGGAAAGUUGGGCAGACCAAGUUGCCUUGGUGAGGUAUCAAAAAGCCAAGCAACUUUGUCCAUAUAUUUCUUCCAUAUUUUAUUGGUAGAACCUUCUGAAAUAACAGAGCCAAACCUUUAGAGCUUAAACUCAAGAUAUAAAACCAAAGAAUUUUGUUGUCAUAUAAAACAUUUUAGAUUACCUUCUUACCUCAUGGUGCUGUAGAACAACGUCCUCCCUCUUGCAAGGAACUCAAAACUACUUCAUAGACUUUACAUUCUUUAACCCUUGUUUCCCUACACAGUUAAGACAAAAAUCUGUAAAUGGCAAUUUAGCAGAUAGCAAAUUUAAAGUAUAUAUCUCCCCCUCCCCCCCGGUUGUGUCAUUCAACUUUGUUCUGGAUUAAAAUUCCUUUUCUUGGGUGGCUGUAAGGGCUUUUCCAAAAAGUUGCUGUAUUGAUGUUUGCAUUUACAAACCAGAACUUCGGAUUUCACAAGUGGAAAAAUAGCUGUAAAGUUUAGCUUUGCAGUGCCUUCAGGGUUCCUCUUGGGAACUAGAAAUAAACAAGUUUGGUGGAACAAAUA